AUGGCCGAGAUUGAGAACGCAACCCUCUGCAUCCUUGGAUGUGGAAACCUGGGCAUCGCCAUCCUAGACGGUCUAGCCAACGCACCAGCAAAAAAGCCCAACCAUCGCGUAUUCAACAGUGUCAUCGCCUGCGUGCGCAGUGAAAGCUCAGCAAACCGAAUAACCACCCGCUUCGGCACAGAGGGCAACAUAGGCGUAGUCCGUAACAACAACGUCGAAGCCGUCCAAUACGCAGAUGUCAUAAUCCUAGGCCCCGACCCGGCCGAUAUAGAAUCCGUCCUACGCCAACCAGGUCUACGCGAAGCACUAUCCGGAAAACUCCUCAUCAGCAUCGCAGCGGGCUGGACAAGACAGAAGCUCGAAACCACACUCUACGGCAGUCCCACAACAGCCAACAACGUCGCCGGCCGGGCCUGGGUCGUGCGCACACUGCCCAAUAUUGCGGCACAGGUUUCCCAGUCAUUGACGGCAAUCGAGACCUCCGAGCUUGCGUUGCCGGGAAAGUAUCUAGAGGUCACGACGUGGAUUUUUGAGCAGAUUGGGAAGGUUGUGCAUGUUGAGCCGAGACUGAUGAAUGCGACUACGGCUGUUGGGGGCUCGACGCCGGCUUUCUUUGCUGUUAUUUGUGAUGCGAUGAUUGAUGCUGCGGUGGCGGUUGGGCUGCCGAGGGAUUUGGCGCAUACUAUGAUUUUUCAGUCGAUGCAGGGGACUGCGACGAUGUUGCAGAGUGGGGUUCAUCCGGCGCUGCUGAAGGAUCAGGGGACUUCGCCGGAGGGAUGUACGAUUGGCGGCUUGAUGGUUAUGGAGGAGGCUGGUGUGCGGGGUCAUGUUGGGCGGGCGUUGAGGGAGGCGGUUACUUUGGCGCGGUUGAUGGAGACGACGGAGCAUGUUAAUGAUACCAGGCAUUGA